AUGCGAAGUAAAAACGAUACAAGCCCGACUUCGUACGCCAAUCAGGCUUUUGAAGAUGAACCAACUGGAGGAAAAUUGAGCAGUGAUCCGAGUCCGAUGGGCUCAGACAUUUUUAUUGUCAAGCCGAAUAAAGGAAAUAGGAACCGUUUACAUACAGAACCAUUUCAACUUGAACCUGUUACACGACGAAACAUUGGCCGAAGUAUUCUUCGUGGUGUUCGAUCACUUUGGGCUACACGUCAAACAGAAAAAGAUCUUGGAAAAAACAAAGAUUUAUACGUUAAAACAACAUUACGCGAACUUUUUAUCUAUUUGGUGUUUAUCAUUCUUCUAUGCAUAAUUACAUUCGGCAUGACAUCAACGAAAACGUUUUAUUUUACUACGGCUUUACGUACAAUUUUUACUACACAACAAGCCUCGGGUGCUGGUAAUCAACCAGCAUUUGAUGAUAUCGCAACCUUUGAGGAUUUCUGGACGGUUAUGUUGGAUCCUAUUUUUAAGGGAUUAUAUACUGAAAAAUGGUACAAUGGCUACAAUUUGACGCAAGACCAAUAUGGUUAUGUUUUGUUUGAAAAUAAAAUUCUCGGAUUACCUCGGCUUCGGCAACUUCGUGUAACCAAUCAUUCUUGUACUGUUGAUAAAAAAUUUCAGACAACAAUUGAAGAAUGUUAUGCAUCAUACAGUAGUAGUAAAGAAGAUCGCAGUAGCUAUGGAACACCAGCUACAAAUUUAACAAAAGAUGCCUGGUAUUAUCAAACGGCAAGCCAACUUCAUGGUUCAUCAACAAAUGGUUUAAUAUCUCGAUAUGGUGGCGGAGGUUUUGUCCAUGACUUGUCAUUAACUCGCGACGAAGCUCUAGAAGAACUGCAAAAUCUUUAUAAUAACUUAUGGCUUGAUCGUGGUACACGUGUUGUUUUUCUUGAUUUUACAGUUUACAAUGCAAAUAUAAAUUUAUUUUGUCAAAUUGAAUUAAUUGUCGAAUUCCCAGCAUCAGGUGGAGCUGUUGCAUCGAAAUCAUUUUCAACAGUUAAAUUAAUUCGAUAUGUUUCAUCAAUGGAUUACUUUGUAUUGGCAUGUGAAAUUCUGUUUAUUAUUUUUACAGUUUAUUAUACAGUUGAAGAAGUUCUUGAAAUAAUGCGUUUUAAAUUAUAUUAUUUUAAAACAAUUUGGAAUAUACUUGAUGUAGUUAUUAUCUUAAUUUCAUACAUUUGUAUUGCAUUUAAUAUUUAUCGUCAAGUUGAAGUCGGACAACUCCUUGAUGAAUUACUAAGAGAUCAAAAUACGUUUGCUGAUUUUGCAUUUCUCACUUAUUGGCAAACACAAUUCAAUAACAUCAUUGCAUUUACUGUUUUUCUUGCAUGGAUUAAAAUCUUCAAAUAUGUAUCAUUCAAUAAAACGAUGACACAAUUAUCUACAACAUUAUCGCGCUGUGCAAAAGAUGUUCUUGGCUUUAGUGUUAUGUUUAUGAUUGUAUUUUUGGCCUAUGCACAACUUGGCUAUUUAUUAUUUGGUACAAUGGUUGAGGAUUACAAAUCAUUUGCAAUAUCGAUCUUUACACUAUUUCGAAUUAUAUUGGGAGAUUUUGAUUUCGAAGCAAUUUUGGAAGCACAUCGUAUUCUUGGUCCAAUAUUCUUUUUGACCUACGUCUUCUUUGUCUUUUUUGUAUUAUUGAAUAUGUUUUUGGCUAUUAUCAAUGAUACUUAUUCCGAAGUUAAAAGUGAUUUAUCAACGCAAAAAUCUGAAUUUGAAUUGGGCGAUUAUUUUAAAAGAUCUUAUGAAAAAAUGCUUGAACGUCUCAAUGUUAAACGAGAUCGUAUUAUUGAUAUACAAGAUGCAUUGAGAAGUGCUGAUGUUAAUAAAGAUGGAGUCAUUGAAUUUGAUGAAUGGCGUCGAGAUUUAAAAGCUCGUGGUUAUACCGAUGUUGAAAUUGAAAAUGUUUUCUCACGUUAUGAUGUUGAUGGCGAUCGAGUACUUCGCGAUAGUGAACAACUUCACUUCAAAGCUGAUCUUGCUGCAUUGGAAAAUAAUUUAGAAAAGGACAUUAACAAUUUGAAAAAAGAAUCAAUUGCGCCAAAACAAGCGGACGGAAAAGGCGCAGGCGCAGGCGAAAGCGACAAUGGAAAUCGUGUAACUUAUGAUGAAUUUGCAAUUUUAGUACGACGUAUUGAUCGAAUGGAAUAUUCAAUUGGAAAUAUUGUUUCACGAAUUGAUGAUGUAUUGACAAAAUUGGAAGUAUUAGAAAAGAGUAAAAUCAAACGACGUGAAGCUUUAACAAGAAUUUUAAAUACUAUUUCAGAAGAUGGUCAUCUGACUAGAGACGAUCGACAUGAACGUUUAGAAAAAAUGAUUCGUAAUGAACUUGAAGGAAACAGUUUAGAACGUCAAACACCAAUACAAAGUUUACUGACAGAUGCGCCUGAUACACGAUCAACUUCUUACUAUCAAAGUCAAACGUCAUUACGGCCAGGACAAGAUGAAAAAGAUCGAUCAAGACCGUCGACGGGAAAGAAAAAAGAUCAAUAUUAA